AUAUAUUAGUGAAAAAUUGUGAGCUUCUUAAUCGAAUUUUAACAGAAAUGAAUUAUUUAGAUUAUAAUAAAUCUAACAAAAGUUUAUUAAUUGAUUUCGUGGAUGGUAAAAAGUACAAAUGCUUGAAAAAAAUUAAGAGUGGGGGCUUUGGGGAAGUCUUCUUAGCAAUUAACAACCAAACUAAUAAGCCAGUAGCGAUUAAAAUAGAAAAUGGUGAAAAUCGCCUCUUAAUGCUCGAAAAUGAAUUUAACCUUUAUAGUAAAUUGAGUGGUGGCGUUGGAUUUCCAAACAUUCUCUAUUUCGGUAAGGAAAAAACUUAUAAUGUCUUAGUAAUGGACUUGUUGGGACCCUCACUGGAAGAGUUGUUUAAUUUUUGUGAAAGAAAAUUUUCUUUGAAAACCAUACUUAUGAUUGGCGUUCAAUUAAUUGAUCGAAUCAAAUUCGUACAUUCCAAAAAUUAUAUACACCAGGACAUCAAGUCGGAUAAUAUAUUAAUUGGACGUGAUGACAAAUCUACAUUAAUAUACUUAGUAGAUUUCGGAUUAUGCCAUCAAUAUCGCAAUCCUAAGACUGGUAAACAUAUUCAAUGCAACCUGCGUGAUAACUUUUGUGGUACUUGGAGUUUCGCCUCCAUAAACGCAUUGAGAAGUAGAACUCAAUCAAGGCGUGAUGAUUUGGAGGCGAUUGGAUAUUUACUUAUAUAUUUCCACAGAGGUAAUUUACCUUGGGACGGUCUCAGUGGCGAAACGGACUCUCAAAAAUUUGAAAAAAUUGCUGAAAUAAAAAUAUCAACGAAUGUAGAAGACUUAUGUAGUGGACUCCCUGAUGAUUUCAUGAUGUAUAUGCUGUACUGUCGAUCACUUAAGUUUGAAAACGAACCAGACUACGAUUUUUUGAAAAAGUUAUUUAAUCGUACAUUUAUGUCGUAUGAUUUUAAAAUGGAUUUGUUAUUCGAUUGGACCCCGGAUAAAAAACAUUUAUCUACAUUUGAAGUUAACAAAUGUAGUUCCAACCAUAACGCUCUUAAAGGUAGAAAUGGUAAGGCUAUAAAGGAUAUCAAUGAUGGUGGUAAGAAACGAAAAAUUGACGAAACUAAGAAGACAGAUGACGAAAAUAAAGCAAAGAAGAAACGCAAAAAAUAAAGAUGAAAACAGAAACGAAACGAAAAUAGUAUAUUAUUAAAAAUUGUUUUGAAUUGUGAGAGUAUAAUAUUGAGGAUUAUGUACACAUUAAAUACAAAAUAAAA